CCCGUGGACAACAUGUACAACCUACGUUUCGUUUCGGAGUAACAGUGGACAUUCGCAAGGUUUAAUGCAGAUGACAAAUUGAUCAUUUCUGAUGGAAGUAAAGUAUACUUAGUUUGCAUGAAAAAAUGAGUGAAUUUAAGUAUCGACUGGAAGACAGAUGUACAUUACCAUGUUCUAUGGUGUGCCAAAACUGCCCAGAAUACAUGUACAGUUUUGAGACGUUGAGAGAGACCUGGACACGAGCCAGUCGCGAAGAAGGGAAACACUGCUACGAACGAAUUAAGUAUUAUUUCAGCCAUUCUUUUGAUCGCCAUUUAAAAGAAAUGAUUUUUGUGGUAGCCUAUGAUCUCGAUCACAACGCAGGAAUUUUCCUGGACUACAAAGGGUAUACAUUCUUUAAAGAAAAGAUAGACAAGGCAGCAGAAAUGACAAAGAAUUUGCCCGACGUGGAACCAGUUAAAUUGUCCCGGAAAACACCGCAAAUUAUGCGGGUCUUUAAAACAUUGAAAGAUUUCGUCAUCUUCAAUGACCAGUUGCGACAGAAGAAUCGUUCCAUUGCUCGUCAAAGGCACAUCAAUGGAGUACAUACGCUUCAAAGGAUAAAUGAAGUCAUUGAGCAAAAAUCACCCUUAUUUUUAGCUUUCAAUGUAAAAUUUUUUGAGCAAGACCCCACAAAAAUCUUGCAAAUUGGAUACGUAGUGUUUUCGCUGGAAAGUGAACAGGAUGGCGAAAAUUAUCGUCUAUUCUUAGUAAAGGAAAAUGUACCUUUGUUAAACAAUAACACGCAGUUAGAGAGCUACGACGUCUCUUUGUUUCGAAGUGCAGAGGUUGCAAGACUAACUGAUAUAAUAACCAAGCUUCAAGAAAACGUUUCUCACGUUGAUUUUUUGAUCACCCAUUCAACGUCUUCAGAAGAUAUUCGUAGUUUCCUCAAAUCUCAAGGCCUUCGAGAAGAGCACAAGGAAAUUAUCGAUACGCUCACCGUUCAUUCUGCUCUUUUUCCUGACUCUCGGAAAAACAACAGCAUAGAAGACAUUCUCAUGAAGCUGGAAAUUCCGUGCGAAAUUCGCAAACUUCAAAACGCGGGUUAUAACGCUUUUUACAUCAUGAAGAUUUUUUUGUCGCUUUUAAAGCAAGAUUAUUGCGAAUAUCCUAAAUUGUAAAGGAGGUACGUUUCUAAAGAAACUGCGGUGCUGCGUCAGUGGGAGAGUACUGACAAGGUAAUAAUACCAAAUCUUAUUAAAUUAUAAACCUAUCAAGAGCUCGGGAUCAUGAACCCGAGCAAACGUUGUGUCGUCUGUUUUAAGUCUAUUCUUACAGCUGAAAUUCAUGGGAAAAAUCUUUUAAGACAAUCGUCUUUUUAAGACCACUGUUUUUUAAGAGACAUUGCAACUAAGAAAGAGAGGAAAGCCGAAGAAAACAAACCUUCGACCGCAAAAGAAGACUUUAAAAUGAUAUAUUUUCUCAAGAAAGUGAGAGUCUCGUACAGUUUUCUUUCUUUGGGUGAGAAAAAAUGGAAAUUUGGUUCAUAGCUAGACGGGUUAGGGGGUUGGGUAGGGAGAAUUGGAGACUCUCGCUCUGCAAUGUUGACGGCAUCACCCAAAAGGCGAUGGUUUUGAGCGGCCCAUGAAAGAGAAUAUUAAAUUGGCUCAGAAAGAGAGAGAGGGGGGGGGGAAAUUGACAACUAAGUCAAAAAACUUACACGUUGUAAAACAUCAGAAAAAAUAGACUAUAGCGACUAAAAAAGUAAGGAAUUUGAGUUUUUACAUCAAAAAUACGUUA